AUGACUUUAGAGUCCAUGAUGGCUUGCUGCCUGAGCGAAGAGGCGAAGGAGUCGAAGCGGAUCAACGCCGAGAUCGAUAAGCAGCUCCGCCGAGACAAGCGGGACUCCAGGAGGGAGCUGAAGCUGCUUCUGCUGGGCACCGGAGAGAGUGGCAAGAGUACCUUCAUCAAGCAGAUGCGCAUCAUCCAUGGGGCCGGCUACACUGAGGAGGACAAACGGGGCUUCAUCAAGCUGGUGUACCAGAACAUCUUCACCUCCAUGCAGUCCAUGAUCCGUGCCUUGGAGAACCUCAAGAUGCAGUACAAGUAUGAGCAGAACAAGUCAAAUGCUUUGCUUGUGAAAGAUGUGGAUGUGGAGAAGGUGUCGUCCUUUGAGAUGCAGUAUGUCAGCGCAAUAAGGACGCUCUGGGCAGACCCGGGCAUCCAGGAGGCCUAUGACCGGCGGCGGGAAUACCAGCUUUCCGAUUCCACCAAAUACUAUCUCACUGACCUGGAUCGUAUUGCCGACCCCUCGUAUCUCCCGACCCAGCAAGACGUGCUCAGGGUUCGCAUCCCGACUACGGGGAUCAUCGAAUAUCCAUUCGACUUGCAAAGCAUCAUAUUCAGGAUGGUCGAUGUGGGUGGGCAGCGAUCUGAGCGCCGCAAGUGGAUCCACUGCUUUGAGAACGUGACCUCCAUCAUGUUCCUGGUGGCCCUGAGCGAGUACGACCAGGUCCUCGUGGAGUCCGACAACGAGAAUCGGAUGGAAGAAAGUAAAGCACUAUUUAGGACAAUAAUCACAUAUCCUUGGUUUCAAAACUCCUCAGUCAUCUUGUUCCUGAACAAGAAGGACCUGCUGGAGGAGAAGAUUAUGUACUCUCACUUGGUGGACUACUUUCCAGAGUUUGAUGGUCCCCAGAGAGACGCACAGGCAGCUCGGGAGUUCAUCCUGAAGAUGUUUGUGGACCUGAACCCAGACAGCGACAAGAUCAUCUACUCCCACUUCACCUGCGCCACCGACACGGAGAACAUCCGCUUCGUGUUCGCCGCUGUCAAGGACACCAUCCUGCAGCUCAACCUCAAAGAAUAUAACCUGGUGUGAAUGCCAGCGAGAGGCCGUCGUCAAGGCAGAGCGCGGACAACGCACAUCUGAGGCGAAACACACACACACACACUUAUAUACAUAUGCGAGUGUCACUGAGCUUCAUCCACACGCCACCCAGACCUCCCCGCUUCCUGAUUCUGUUUGUGACUCUUGUCUGUGUUUCAUCACAGCCUCCCAGGGACCCACGGUCUGCUGUUUUUGCCCUUUGACACACUGGCUCCGCCCAUUGGUGGCAUUUCUGGGGGCUCCUCAUUCCCUCCAUGUCUACAGCUCUGACUUACUUGCACAGCGCCCUUACACUAGCUUUUACGUUGAGUUUGUUUCGUUUUCGCUAAUCACGUUGGUUCAACGUUGUCCUAUAGAAAGGGUCACCAUAGCGGCGGUUUGUGUGCUAUAUAAGUGAGCUACUUGGGAUUUGAGGCAUAAAUCGGGAGAGAGUGACAGAACACCUGGAAGGCGUGCUCUGCAGGAGGGUUUGGGCUCUUGGACCCAAAGGAUUGUGGGAAACCUGUAUGAACAGGGCUGUAAUAGUCAGUGACACCAAGUGUGGUGUCUCAAGGAUACGCCAUGUUCACUGAUUCAAGCUUGAGCUUAUUUUUACAUUGGUAAAUGUAACUACAUGCAUGAUUUUCACAUCUACAGGAGAACGUAAAUCUGAGAGCAGGAGAGAAACAAUGUGUCGAAUAUUUUGAACAUGUAAAAUCUUGCUAUUGCAACUGAAAUUGUUAUAAAAUUCCCAGUCAUUCAGAGAACCAGUGUGUAAACAUGUGGUUAAUGACGCGCUGAAGGAUGGUCAGUUUUUGCCGUUUUUAUUUAUUUUUUUCUGUCUUUUUCACACCUUUCCCCCCCCCCCCCCACCCCCAUGUUCCUAUUCUUUUUUCCCCCCUAUUUUCGGAUCGGGGUAUUUGCGUGUUUCAGCAUUUUGCAUAGUUCUAAAUGGUCCCAUCUAGUGCUGACUGAAUAACAGAUGACGGCAGCCUGUUCACGCCCAUUAAUCUCUACAGAAAAACCAGGCAACACAGGAGCUCGAAAUAUUUGGUCUUGGUGUGAGGGACAGAAAUGUAACGUCAACCUGUGUGAGUGAGGCAACUAAGUACGAAGAGAACUGCAAAACAAAAUGGCAUGGGACAAAAAGCCCCUCUUUAUUCUUAAGUUGCACUUAACUCUUGUGAAUGACAUUACAUGAUACUGUGACUAUUUUUAAGUUAUCGAAAUAUGACAUGCUGUAUUUGUAUUUAGAUGACAGAACAGUUGCAAGCAAUAGUUUGAAGAGUAAACGCUGAGCUGAACAUAGCAUAAUGUUGUUAAUGCCGACUAACGUGCUUAGCUUAUCCAUAUCAAACAGAUGUUCAGUUGUGAACAGAAUCUUUAUUAUUAGUUUAUUUAUAUAAGGCCAGCUUUGUGGGUGUUGAGAAUCUUUCCUAUCUUGAACUGGUACCUCCUCAGUAAAAGUAGGGGGCGCUGUCUGAACUGCUGUAUGAAUCCUUAUGGGUGCAGUAAUCGGAUUUUCCUCAGUCUCUAUACGCAAAAAUAUUUAUCGUUUAUUCGUAUCAGUCAAAUAUUUAAGUCACUUUCGGUCUGAGUACAAUUAAAAUUUUAAUGUAGAAGCAAAGCUUUAAGCAAGCAUUUAAGAGGAUUUCAUAAUGAUACCUUCUCCUGGUUCCCUUUUUGAAGAAAAAGUAUUUCCAAGAUUCCAUAGCUAGUCGUUUCCUUCAAUGCAGUUGUCUUUGCAGUGUAAUUCAGGUGAAUUUUCAGACAUCUUCAUUAAAAGGGCUAUUAUAUUGCAUACAAUUUAAACAGCCAGAGGUUUUAAAGACAAGACCCUGGGUGACUGAGAAACGGGUGCAAUUUUAAUGCACUUUUAUUGGACUACAUUAAUGGCUGCACUACAUUAAUCAUCGCUUACAGGUCCGGAAUGUAGGGAAUAGGUUAGGUUCGUCUUUGUUACCCUCAUCUGCUUGCUCUGAAGAUGAGCUUAUGGUGAGCAGGGCAGAACAAAAUUGACACGCUUGCUUUUCCACUGAAAGUGGUGUGACACUGCUAUGGUACUGCAGCCGGGCUCAGAUGCUGUGUAAAAUGUCCUGGAUCAUGCUUCCUGCCUCUCUGCAUGACUGGAGAGGCCUACUCCCUUUUACUUUCUGGAGCAUAUUGCCUGUGUGCUUCACUUUUGUUAUAUAUUGCUCAAAGGUAACUGCCAGGGGGUGUUGACCGUUUACCGUGGGCUGGGCUAGCUUUAGGCCCCUCCUCUCUGGUCACUGACUGCCAAAGUCUGAUUUGGGAUUUUAUCGGGAACUGAAGACAAAUUUGGUGGCACUUUUUGAAUGUACAUAAUUAUUUUUAUGUUUUGUUUGCUCCAUUCGCACCAGUGCCAAGACACUAUGGCUGUGUUCAGAGAGCACUGGUAGCCGCUUUGGCCGAUGCUGUAUGUUAAAUUCACCUGCGUUCUCCUCCUAUGCCUGUACACUUAGCAUCUUCACAAGGACUGAAGGGCCUGUUCUAUAAGGCUUAUCAUUGACCCCUAAGCCCCUUUUGUAUCGUUUUCAUGAUCUGUAUAAACAAAUUACCUGGGAGAAUCUCUGAUUUUGUUAAUGCAGCCCAGUUCUCUUUAUUAGUGCCGUUAAUCCCACUUUCCCGUGUAUUUUUGUAGUGCUUUGCUGUGCUGUUAUAUGGGGAGAGACGCACUGGAAAUCAAAUGCGGUUUUCACAUUUAGCCUCAACCUCCAGUGCUCAGCAUCUACGAAAAUUGCUGCAGCUUUCAUGUUAGUGUGUAUUAUAAAUCGCAAUUAUUCCUUUUUUUUCCCAGGGGUAAAAAUGUUUACCUGUUGUUUUCAUACAUUCAUAGUUUUUAUAGGGCUGUAGCAGCUCAGUGUGGGUGGUGCAGCAAGCCAGUGGCUCUCAUAGCUUUUAAAAGCAUCUUUUUAGAUGAUGAUUUGCUGUGUGUCACUGAAAUACUACCAGUAUUUUACACACACGCUUUUGUCACAGUGUUCAGUGGGCCUUGAUUAACGACAGACCAUUUUCUUUCAUCCGCCGCUUCAAAGCUAUUAAACUUGCUGCUGUGUUUGUAAGCUUUUUGUAAUCCCCCCGCCACCCCCCACAACUCUGGAAUGGACAGAUAUUCCUUUAUGCUGUAUUCAUCAGUGCGCACUCUGCCCUCUGCUAGCUCGAUGAACAUCACUGGCCAACUUCUUGUUCCUCUUCACUUUGAGUGGCCCAGCAUGUUUGGAGAAGAGCUCUCGUCACUACGUUCAAGCUGCUGAUCUCUCGGUGAGCUGUCGACAGAAGGUGUCACUGUAGGCCAACGAGAGGGACAGGAGCCCAGGCCUUCAGUCCAUGGCGAAGCACAGACCGGUUUCAUUUUAUCGGAGUCUCCCGGGCUCCAGGUCUUGCUCCAUUCCCCCGUUAUAGGGCACGCCUCACUUUGUGGGCAGUACCCUGCGCUGUUGAUCUUUGACGAUAUAUUGAAGCUUUACUGCAAGUCGAGAACUUCCAACCUGGGCUCAUUAGGCGUAUAGGAGCUGUUAAAGCUGUGCUGUCAAUUUCCUUUAAUUGGGCAGCAAAUAAUGGGUUAUUCUGAUCUGUAGCUAGACAAUACUCUGAGGUUGAUGGAACUCGAUGUAUUUCUACAUGUGAGUGGCCACGGAUACCUCGAUAAGCACACUGCAUCCCGUUUAAUUAGUGUUCUGCUCAUUUCGAGCAGUAAGAAGUUGCUCCAAGCUCGUUGGACUCCUUUUUAUUCUGUUGGCUUAUCCAGUGAGGGGAAAAUAUGUAUUUUUGUUUUUUUUUCUUUUAUAUAGUCAAAUUCAUUUUUGAAUUGUUGUUUAUUCUUGCUUGUGGUUAAGUGUUCUGAGAUCAGACAGUGUUGAGUUGCUCAAAGUAAAUAAUCUGUAUAUUCUGGAUGGUAUUGUAAAUUAGAAAAACUAUUGUUUAAGGUUUUUGUUGUCUUUAUAGUUGGAUUCAAAGCACUAAAAGUAUUACCAUUUCAGUUGUGUGAUCUUACAGUAGUGCGGUGAUGUCAGAAAUGCUGAGAAACCCAGUUUCCUGAUUGUUUACCACAUGGAUAAGUGACACAUGACUUUCUCUGUCGAUGGGUAACAGUUUUGUAAAAUGUUUUGUUGCAUUAAUUUGCCAAAUUUAUAUAUUGAAAUAGACAUGUGGAUAGUUCCACUUGCAAGGCUGUAAGUAGCGAAACAGCACUGAAAGUUUAAGAUGAAAAUUAAAAUCCCAGUAGAUGAAUAAAAAUAGUGUAGACUGGUUCUCCAUUUGUACUACUAAAUAUUUGGAGAUGUAAACAUGCUUAUUAAAAUUUUUAAAAAGGUACCACUUAAAGUGCUUAAAACCGGUUGACUCCUGAGUUCAUUUAAAAUGAUUCACUCACAGUGUGCGAAGGUCUUUAUAUAUUAGGGAUUGUAAAUGGCCACAUUAAUAGGACUGCCUGGCAUUUUCCCGUGGUGACCUCUGACCCCCGCUGAGUCAGUGCACUGAACAGCCCUUUGAAAUACGGGCCCGCACGGAUUUGUGAGAGUUCACAGCUGCUGCUUGAAGCUCACUUCCUGGUGUCCUGAGAUGUUCUUACUUGACUGGGUUUUACUCAUUCAGGCUGAGGUCUGAACUGAGACGGUGGACAUUAACAUUAAUCCCAGCCCCCCCCCCUCCUUUUUUUUAAAAAAAAAUAAUAAAAAAAUUAACUGAAUGUUUAUUUUCUUUUUUAAAGAGUAACUGCAUAGGUAUGUAUAAAUUGGUAUUUGUGUUUGCUUUUCCAUUUUUUAGUAUACCGGAUGUAAAUGAUGUACUAUAAUGUGUGCCAAUUCUUUCUUUGUAAAGCCAGACUCUUUACAAGUGCCAAUGUUGUGAGAAUAAAAAAAAAGGGGCCUUUGUGUUUUAUGGUCCAUUUUUUAAAAGGAAAAAAAAAAACUCUUAAUAUGUGAUAUAAAUAAAUGACUGCUAACUUUAUUCUGUAUUUAAGAUUACUAAGAUAAACUGCUGUUUUUAAAUAAUUGUCUUUGAAUUGCAUGUGUUUGGGUUUGGGUUCGGGGAAGCGGACAGCACAAAACCCCGCGGAACAGGGUCCUGAUGGUUGUUGAUUUGCUGCAUAUUAGCCAUAUUUGUUUUGUAUUCGUUUCAUUUUGACCACUGUUGCCUGAACAUCAUUCAGACAUAAAUGAUUUUCUUAGCGUACAAAGGAAAAUAAAGCAUUAUCUGUUUUAAAUAUGAAUAAAAUUUGUUCCUAAA